AUGACAAGACCGUUGCAGCUGGAGCCCUUCGGUGAACAGCUCGAGAAACUCCGAACAUUGCAUAACAAGAGAAGUCAAUCAAAACAGUAUGCUUUAGCGGCCGUGGCAGCAGCUGCUGCUGUAAAACAGAACCAGGCUUUGUACGGGUACAACCUGGGCAACAACCAGGCAAGAGUGGAGAGAUCUGAAAACGGUCAGCCCAGGAGGCUUCCGUUGAUGUACCUGAACGUGGACCAGAUGAGUGCGCUGAUGGCUGCCAGUCACGGUGCUUAUAGAGAGAAUGUGGACGACCAGCAGAACAUGUCUCGAAACUGGAACCGGCAGGAGAACUCUCGGUAUGUGCCUGGUCAGAACUGGCAUGGAGGUGUUACAGGAGAGACUGGCACGAUUAGUGGGCUUCAGAGUCUCGAAGGACACGGAUAUCCGGGUAUGGAUGGACAUCCAACUCAGGGUGGUGGAUACUAUGGAUCUCAAGGACCCCAGGGCCAGAUGUUCCAUGGAACGAGCUUUCCAGAUUUGCAUGGUAACUGCAAUGAAAUGGGCGGUAGCCAGGGCUUGGGCCAUCAAAGCCUCACCGGUAACCACCAAAGUUCGAAUUGGAACCUGAACUCCCAGCUGGUCAAUGGCUACGGAGGAGUGAGCCAGGUGAAACCCAGCGCCAACAUGUUUUCAGCCAACAUGUUCAAUAUGGCGCCUUCGCUGCUGGACUCGUCAUCGGUGUUGGGCUCCUCCAGAUCCAACGUCUCGAACCCUUCUUUAACCAGCCAGUCCCCUUCACACUCGUUGUUUUCCAGAGCGCUGCCCAGCCACGACUCUGACUCUCAGGAGAGUAUCAACGACACCGAGCCGUUGACAAAACCAGGCAUGGACUCGUGGAACCAGAACCUCGAGGGCAACCUCGAAGGAAGCCUCUUGCGGUCAAUCUGGACAUCGCCACAAGCCCAGCCUGCCACAGCCAUCUCUUUGGGUAAGUGGUAG